ACCAACGGCGCUUAUCCACCCAGUGCGACCUAAGUGUUGAUGGGUCACGUGAGCGUGGGGAUCGUCACGCUCACGCCUCAGGAGAAGCAUUGCGUGGGUGCGCAUUAGCCGAGGCCCUAGCUAGCAGCAUUCCGCUAAUCACAUAUCUGUAGAGGCUAGGGAGCACGAGGACAAGGCAGAGAGUGGGAGGGGAGAGUGUGUGUGGUGAUCGGCAGCCAGGGAGACAAGGAGGAGGCUGAGACGCUGCUCCCGACGCCCCUCCAAACCCAGCCCCGCCGAAAUGGACGCGAACCACAUGAUCAGGUCCAAGAGAAUCAACCCGGAUUCCCUCGCUGAUGGCGGCGGCAGCAGCGCGAGCAGGAACCCAGCGGCGCCGGCGCCAGCCCCCAAACCGAGCAAGGACGAGCGCGCCCCGGACGUCGUCGCUGACACCUCACGCCUCGCGCCCUACUUCCCCCGCACCUCGCUCGAGAAUCGUCCGGCGUCCUCAUCCGCUGCCCUCCUGAGCCACCAUCGCUACAACGUCGCCGUGGACACGUCCCACUCCCAGGGACCCAACCUCGGCAGUGGCGGUGGCAGCGGCAUCGCCUUGUCGGACUGUCCCUUGCCGCUCCAGUGGUGGGGCCACGGGAAGCGCUCGCGCAGCCGUCGCGAGGCGCCGGUGCCCGAACCCGAGCUGACGCGCGCCGAGGUGCGCCGUCGGAAAUCCCUCAAGUACAGGAGCCGCAAGGCGGCGAAGGCGCAGGCGCGAGCAGCGAUGGCGCCGCCGGGCAGCCCUGGUCCCAACCUCAGCGCGGCCCCGUCGCCUCCUCCUCGCGCCGGCACCCUCUGGCUCCACGGGUACCCGAGAAUCAACUCGGAUUCCCUCCCUCUCGCUGAUGGCGGCAGUGGCAGCGUGAUCCUUAGGCCAGUGGCACCGACGCCGGGCCCCACACAGAGCAAGGUCGAGCGCACCCUGCUCGUCGUCGCUGACACCUCAUGCCUCAUGCCGUACUUUGGCCGCACCUCGCUGGAGCACCACAUGAUACGAGGGCGCCCGACAUCCUCAACCGCUGACCAUCUCUACAACGUCGGCAUGAACACAUACCAGGGACCCAACGUUGGUGGCGGCAGUGGCGGCGACAUCGUGCACACCCCGCUUGACCAGCACAGGUUGUGGGGUCACGCUCCGCACGUGCCCCAACCAGCGUACUCAUCGAUUGUCCCCGUGAGCCACUAUCUCUUGAACCACGCCAUGCACACCUCCCAGGGAUCCAACGUCAGUGGCGGUGGCGGCAACGGCAUCACCUCACCGAAUGCCCAUGUGCCGCUUCAAUGGGGCCAAAGGAAGCGCCCGCGUAGCCGCCGCGAGGCACCUGCACCCACUCCCGCGCCUAAACCGGAGUUGACCCCCGCCAAGGCGCAGGCGCAGGCGGUGACGUCGAUUGUGUCGUCGGGCGCCCGCGAGCCCAACCUCAUCUCCGACCUAUCGCUCCCUCCUCGCAAUGUCACCCUCUCUCUCCGCUGCUCUGCGGAGGAGCUUCACAACACCGUUGGCGAGCAACAACCAACGUUGAAGGAGGAGAAGGUGACGCCGCCGCCGAGCGCCCUUGGUCCCAUCCUCUCGACCAUCUCUCCUCAUGCUGCCACCCUCUCGCACCACAGUUCUUCGGAGGAACCUCACACCGCCGCCGGCGAGAAGCAGGCAGGGGCGAAGGAGGAGAAGCAGCAGCCAGCGGUGGAGGAGGAGAAGCAGCAGCCAGCGCCCAAAGUGGAGCCUAAGAAGCAGCAGCGUCAGGAGUCGAUCAAGGCGACAGCGGAGCAGAAAGGGAAGGCGCCCAUGGUGGAGGUGCCGCCACACGUUGAGGAGGAGGAGGAGGAGAAGGCGGCCAUGGCGAGGCCGGUGGUGCCGCGGGUCGUCACGCAGCUGACGCACGAGGAGAAAGAGGAGGACUGGCUGGCCAUGACGGUCACCAGGCUGCCGCGGUUCCCCCACAGGCGCCCCGGGAUAGUCCAGAAGCAAGUCAACAACAUCUGCCCAGGGGAGUGGCUCUGGCAGGCCAACAGGACCAGGUACAAAGUCAAGGAAAAGAAGUCCGAGAAGCGCGUGGGCGGCCUGAAAGGCAUGUCGACGGAUGACGAGGACUCCGACUCCGACUGAGUUCGAAGAGGAGCUCGGGAGCGACUCCAACAAUGGUGCAACAACGGGAGAAAGGAUAUUUUGGCGUUACCGAUGAGGAGAAGCGUCAG